UUGUUCGCCGGUGCCGUGGGAUAUAUAAGGCGUCUCCUGGCCUUGCCUGGCAACACUCGCGUCUCGCUGCCUCUCAGGAUGAGGGCAUUUUUGAUCACGGCCCUGCUGGCCACGGCCCAGUGCUACGGGCCCCCGCAGCAGCCCUCCGCCCCCGCCGCCGGCUCUGCUUCGGCGCCCACAGGCCUCACCGAGUUUUGCGGCACAAACUGCAUCCAGCAAAAGCAGCCCCCCGUGCACCAGCAGCAGCCGAUCGUCGCACCCCAACCUCAACCUCAGCAACCCGCGUACCAACCCCAGCAACCCGCGUUCCAACCCCAACAACCCGCACCCCAACCCCAGCAGCCGCCACCGAAUUACUCGAACAACCCCUUCCUGAACGGCGCCGUCAACCUGAACAGUCCGCCCCCGGCCGCCCCCGUCCAGCACCACGAGCAACAACCCAGCUACCAGCAACAACAGGUGGUGCAGCAACAGCAAACGUACCCCCAGCAACCGCAAAUCGUGGAGCAGAAGCCCAACUACGCCAACAACCCCUUCCUCACUGGCCAGGUGGUGAAACCGGCCGCCCCCGCCGCCGGCGCCCCCUGUCGCGAGGGCGCCCUGUGCGUGGCCCGCGCCAUGUGCGCCUCAGGGGUGCUUCGGCAGGAGGACGUGCUGCAGGCCAAGUCGCAGAACCAACCGUGCGUGCAGGCCAGGGGUGAAGUUUGCUGCCGCGUGCCCGACCUGAUCCAACAGCAGGGCGCCCCUUCCCUCGUCGUGCAGCGCCCCGUCGACACCCCGCGCUUCCCGCCCCAGCAGCAGAGCACCUCCACCUACAAGCCCUACACCGGACCCCAAAACACCACCCCUCACGUGGGGUGCGCCGCCGCCCUCGUGUGUGUCGCCCUCGAAUACUGCACUGCGGCCGGAGUCGCGUCCGACGCCCCUGUUGCCAUCGCCAGAGAUGACACUCGCGUGCCUUUGAGUGAAUGUGUUCACCCUGAAACCGGAAUCUACGGAUUCUGUUGCCGCGACCCCAACUACAAGGACCCCUGGCCCGAAACCCAGGAAAUUUGCGACCAAGGCACCUCCUGUGAAGCCAUGUGGAAAUGCCCUGGAGAGCGAAUGGCCCUUCCCAAGAAGGGUUGUCGCGUUGUGAAUGACGGCUCAACCGGAAUCUGCUGCCUGCCUCCGAGGGGUGCCCCUCAGCAACAGUUCCCUUCUCAGCAGUUCCCUCAACAGCAGCAACAGUUCCCUCAGCAGUCGCAGCAGUUCAACCAGUUCCAGCAGCAGCAGGUCGCCGCCAACGUGAUUGACAACAGGCCCGCCUACGCCACCUCGGUCAUCUCCCAGCAACCCCUGAAGCCGCAACCAGUGGUGGCCGCCAACGUUCCUCCCCCACCACCCUCGAAACCCUUCAACCCUCCGCCCAGACCCUUCGUCCAACCCGCCCCUCCUCCCCCAGUGCCCGUCCAGCCUCAGUACCCCGUCGACCCUCCGCCGAGACCCUUCGUCCCCACCCCUCAACCUUCUUACCCCACCCCUCAACCCUCUUACCCCUCCAACCCUCCACAGCAGGUGAGCCAGACGCAGUUCUUCCAGCAGCAGUCGCCGGCCAACAACCAGUUCCCCAUCCAGCAAAUCAAGGUGCCGGCCCAGCAGGCCACCACCAGCCGCCCCUUCGUCGCCCCCGUCGUCGCCGCCGCCCCCGUGCAACCCGUCCGACCUGCCGGCCCUACCUGCGGAAUCCGCUCGGCCGCCCCCGGAACUCCCCAGGACGGCGAAAGUGGGCCCGGAGAAUUCCCGUGGCAAACGCUGGUCACCGCGGCUGACGGCGCCCGCCUUUGCGCCGGCGCCAUCAUCAGCGAAACGGCCAUCCUCGUUUCGGCCACCUGCGUCCAAGGACGCAACGCAAACGAUUUGAAGAUUGAGGUGGGUUCGUGGUCGCCGUACUCGUCGGCCCAAGAGCGUCAGGUGGCCGGCGUGAAGGUGGCGGUGCCGCACCCGCGCUUCGACUCGGCCACGCAGGCCAACGACCUGGCCGUGCUGGUGCUGCAGCAGUCGCUGCGCUUCGGCCGCUUCGUGGGCGCCGUGUGCCUGCCGCGGGCCGACGAGUUGACGCCCGAGGGGCUUCUGGUGUCCGCGAGCGGCGCCUGCCUCAUGUCCAGCUGGCCCAAGCCGGCGGACGGCGCCAGCAAGUUGAGCCGCGUGGCCGUGCAGCCGAUCGCGCCUGCGCAAUGCGAGGAGAGUCUGCGCAGUACCUACCUGGGCAAAUACUUCCAGCUGCACAGCAGCUUCAUGUGCGCCGCCCCCGUCGACCCUCAACAGACCAUGUGCCCCGUCAACCUGGGCGGCGCCCUCGUCUGUCCCCGCGGCGACGGCCACUACGCCGUCGUCGGCGCCAGCAGCUGGGACGUGGGCUGCGCGCAGCCCCAACCCGCGGUCAUGUGCGCCCUCGACGUUGAGUGGGUGGACCAGGUGCUGGCCACCCCUGCCCACGACCUCCAGCAGCAGCAACAACAGCAGCAGCAGUUCGUCGUCGCCCCCGACGUCGCCCAGCAGAAGCCCGGCUUCAGCCAGGGUUACGGCCGCUAAUUUAAAAAAAAAAGGUCAAACCAAUUUCAAACUUUGGGUUGAAAUCUUCAAUAAGCGGUUCAAAUGUUUUUUAGAAAAUGGUUUUUUGGACCAAAAUUGGUGGAGUUGUCAAAGUUUUAUCUUUGUUUCUUGGAAAACGUUUGAUUUUGUGUGCAUAAUCACUUUUAUUGAAAUGGGUUUUUUUGCGAAAUUUCAUUAAAAUGUGCAUUUAAAAAUUGUGGCCAAGCCUAAAAGAAAAAACUGCAGUUUUUAUGCAUUUUUCAUAUCUCGGUAUUUCCCUGAUUGCAGCUCUCUCGAAUUAUUUUCUUGCUUUUAUUGUAUUUUGUUAAAAGAAAUGUUCAGAUGUGAUCAACUUGUAGUGAUGUAGCUUACUUAAUUUAUAAUAAAAAAUGCAAACCGACGAGUAACGGCAACCGACUCUUAAAUAUA